AUGAGUCAAAUAAUUUUUCGUUUAGUAAAUCGUUCGGGAGUGGUACGGCAUGGGAUUAGGAGAUUUUCGGCAGAGGCUUCGUUGGCAGUUAAGGCUUGUACGGAUGGAAAGGCUGGUGUCGUUGUCGGAAUCUACCAAAAAGAACUCGAAACCGAAGAUCCCCAUUUAACGCCAUGCGCCGAAAUUUUCAACACCAAAAACGACGGAAAACUCCUUGAUCUCGUGCGCGAAUGUCGUCUCACCGGCGAACUCGGCAAAUUCAAAACUUUCACAGCGGUCGAUCGUGAUUUCGGCAGCGUUUGUGUCGUCGGUUUGGGCAAACAAGGAGCUGGUUAUUGCGAAAUCGAGGCUUUGGAGGAAGGUCGUGAGAACGUACGCAUCGCUGCGGGCAUCGGAGCUCGUCAAUUACGGGAUUUUGGCUGCAAAACCAUCUACAUCGAUCCCAUGGAGUACCCAGAACAUGCGGCAGAGGGCAGUGCUUUGGCAAUUUGGCGCUAUCAGGAACACAAGGCACCAGAAAAACGAGGAAAUAUCCCGAAACUCGAACUUUACGAGUCGCCAGACACGGAUUCGUGGAUUCGUGGCUUGUUCAAAGCUGAUGCCCAAAAUUUGGCAAGAACUUUAUGUGAAGCCCCAGCGAAUCAAUUGACGCCAACGGCUUUCGCUCAAGCAGCUGUUGAUGCGUUGUGUCCGUGCGGCGUUUGCGUCGAAGUCAGAAAUCAAGAAUGGAUCGAGGCGCAAAAGUUAAAUACAUUUUUAACGGUUGCCAAAAGUUCGUGUGAGCCUCCUUUGUUCUUGGAAAUAAAUUAUAACGGCGACGAACGGGGCGGAGCUCCAAUAGUUCUCAUUGGGCCCGGCAUCACUUUCAACUCUGGCGGUCUCUGUUUGACUUCGCCCGACGAAAUUGCCGAACAAAAAGCUGCCAUGUCGGGCGGAGCGUCAGUUGUGGCGACAAUUCGAGCCGCAGCGGCAUUAUCUUUGCCCCUCAACAUCGUCGGAGUGAUUCCAAUGUGCGAAAAUAUGCCGUCGGGCAUGGCUUACAAACCGGGCGACGUCAUUACCGCGCAAGAUGGCAAAACAAUUUGCAUCGAGGACUCGAGUUACGCUGCCCGAACAAUGUUGGCGGACAUUUUUCUGCAUUGCCAGACGAAUUACAAGCCAAAAAUGAUCAUUGAUGUCAGUGUCAUGUCGAAUGAUAUCGCGAAAACGCUGGGACAAGCAGCAACUGGCGUCUUUUGCAGCAGCGAAUAUUUGUGGGAACAAGUUCAGAAGGCGGGCGCAGUCACGGGAGAUCGAGUCUGGCGUUUACCGUUGUGGAACUUUUUUUCGCGCGAAGUUAAGGAUUACUCGCAUGUCGAUUUGUGCAACAAAGGCACGGGACAGGGACAAGCUUGUAUGGGAGCAGCGUUUUUGCGGGAAUUUGUUCCGUGCAUUGAUUGGAUGCACUUUGAUGUGAGCGCAACGGGACUCAAGAAGAAAACUUGCAAUUUGCGGUAUUUGGAGAACGGAUUGAUGACAGGACGUCCUACGAGAACGAUUAUUCAGUUGCUUCAUCAGUUGGCAUGUCCCGAUGAACGAUUGAAGAGCUUGGUGCCUGUUAAAAAUUUUUAA